AGUAGCUAUCCUGCCGAUAAGGAAGUUUAUCUACACGUUUCUGGACCAAAUCCCAACUUCAUUGACAUAGGGAUUUGUGACACCACACCUCCUGACAGACAGCUGGAGCAGCUGAAACACAGCACAGACUUCACAGUUGCUGGAGACCUGUUGGCACUGUGCAGAGGAUGUCUUCACCGAUGUACUACAACCAAGACAGUGUCACACGUUUUAAGAAAAGAAAAGCUCGUUUCUCUUUCAGUGAAGUCCACAUACUGUUGGAUGAAGUGAGGAAACAUCGUAUGGUUGUUGUAGGUAAAUUCAACCGUGGCGUUCCUACAGACAUGAAGAAGCGCACAUGGGCAGAGAUUACGGCACGUGUAAAUGAGAUCGGAGAGUGCCAGCGGGAGGUCAUCGAGGUCAUCAAGAAAUGGUCUGACCUAAAAUGUGACACUAAGCGGAAAGUGGCUGCCAUGCGGUCAGGGACUGUGCCCAACAGGGGCCUCAACUCACGUCUUUCCAGAGACCUUAAUCCCACAGAGAAAAUAGUACUCCAGAUUCUGGAGAUGGACGAGGAGGACCAGAGCACGGGUGACUUUGGCCCCCUGGGAGAUGAUGAUGAUGUGCCAGAGGAGGAAGAGGAAAUGGACGAAGAGGAUAUGAUGGGAAUGCAGAGUUCUCCCAACGGCGGGUUGGAUGUGACGUCUAUGCCUCCACCAAACUCCUUCAAUACGAGCGGACUUCCACCGUCAGGGGACUCAUCACAACUUUCUUUCGAUGUGAAUUAUGAAGUACCCCCCACAGAUGAUCCUGAUGCUGCAUUUGCAGACUCGGACGAAGACCAAAGGGACGACAUGCCGCCUUCCACUCCUGCAGCAAAACCGACAGUGGAUCACCAAACAAUGGCAAACAAUGGCAUCCAGAAACAAGGACAACCUCAGACGUCCUCGGCACCUUCAACCUCAUCAGCCACGCUUCCAGCGCCAGGCCAGUCCUCACAGAACGUGAGGGAAAACAUGCUACAAAAUGCAUCGCUGAGCCUUCAGGAGCAGCACGCCACCAACAUCCUGCUGGAGACCGUUUCCCGAUCGCUCGAGCUUCUGUCCGAGUCGGUGCAGCAGCUGGCGGAGACUCAGCAGGAGUUUGUGCGCGAGUCACUGCAGCUCCAACGGGAGACGGUGCAAGUUCUCAGAGACUUCACAGGCGGAGCCAUCGCGCUCAUGCAUGACAAACUAAAUGGACGGCCGACGUUAUAGCAACGAGGUGUCAAACAGAGAUGUUAAGUUGUAUCACUGACUUCAUAUAUGGCCUUCAGGCACGGGAACCUUUAAGUUCCUUUGGACCCCACCGCUGGUUACUGUACUUUUUGAUAGUACCCAACAGAUUUUCUGUGGUUAUAUUUUAAAACUGUAUUCGUAGAGACAUUGUAUUGUUGGAAUUGCUGUCUGUGUGGUCAAAGGAAAAAGGACUAAGAACAUAACUAAUGUUAGCCAUAAAGAAAGAACAUGUGGAGGGGUUCUUUUUUUCUUCUUCUUUCUUUCUCUCUUUUUUUUGCUACUGAAAUUGAGACUCCUACCACUUCCGUUGUAAAGCUUUUUUUUUAAAUCAAGCAUACACAUAUAAAGCCUUUACAUUCUUUUAAUGUUGAAAGAAUGAGUCUUUCAUUUUGGAAAGUCAGUUGAAUCCAUUUGUGUGUGUGUGUGUGUGUGUGUGUGUUUGUGUGUGUGUGUGUGUGUGUGUAAGUUGUAGCGUUCCCUUACGUCAAUGUCUGGAGAUUAUCACAUGUACUGUAAUGGUGAGUGGAUUUCCGCACCUGACCAUUAUAUGGUCUAUACGUCUGAAAGCUAAAUAAGGUGUGUUAGAUACUUUGGAAAUACCUGUAACUGAAUAAUUUGUGAUUG